GUUGGGCCCCCUCCUGUUGCAGAUUCAUUUUGUGUGGUUUUUAGCCUAAAGAUGAAUCGGACAUCGCCCUGAAAAGAAAUACAGUGCACAGGACCGCUCCACAACUGCUGUCAUCUUGGUUUCACGUCUUCACACAGUAGGAAAACCCCAUCAUCAUGGCUGAGAGGCCGCCCGGGGAGGUGGGCCAGGUGGUCAUCCCCAUGGAGGAGACCAAGAAGGCCCCGGUGGGCACGCCGCCUCCGGACGCCACGCUGCUCACGCACCUGAAGAAGGUGGAAAACCACAUCACCGAGGCCCAGCGCUUCUCCCACCUGCCCCGACGCUCCGCCGUCGACCUGGAGUUCAACGAGGUCUCCUACAUCAUCAGGGAGGGGCCCUGCUGGAGAAGGAGAGGAUAUAAGGCUCUGCUGAAGUGUCUGUCGGGCAAGUUCUGCAGUCGAGAGCUCAUUGGGAUUAUGGGCCCGUCAGGGGCCGGCAAGUCCACCCUGAUGAACAUCCUGGCAGGCUAUAGGGAGACGGGGAUGAAGGGACAGAUUCUGGUGAACGGCAAGCCCAGGGACCUGCGCACCUUCCGGAAGAUGUCGUGCUACAUCAUGCAGGACGACAUGCUGCUGCCCCACCUCACCACUCGAGAGGCCAUGAUGGUGUCGGCAAACCUGAAGCUCAAUGAAAACAUGGAAGUAAAAAAAGAGCUGGUGAAUGAGAUCCUGACAGCGUUGGGUCUGCAGGAGUGUGCCCAUACCCGUACCCACUCCCUCUCCGGGGGCCAGUGCAAGCGACUGGCCAUCGCUCUGGAGCUGGUCAACAACCCACCCGUCAUGUUCUUUGACGAGCCCACCAGUGGGCUGGACAGUGCGUCCUGUUUCCAAGUGGUGUCCCUGAUGAAGUCCCUGGCCCAGGGAGGACGCACCAUCAUCUGCACCAUCCACCAGCCCAGCGCCAAGCUCUUCGAGAUGUUCGAUAAGCUGUACAUAUUGAGCCAAGGCCAGUGCAUAUACAAGGGCACUGUCACCUACCUCAUCCCCUAUCUGAAGAACCUGGGCCUGCACUGCCCCACCUACCACAACCCUGCAGACUUCAUCAUCGAGGUGGCGAGUGGGGAGUAUGGGGACCUGAACCCUGUGCUGUUCGAGGCGGUGCAGGGAGGCCUGUGUGCCGAGGAGAGGAAGAAGAACUCCAGUGACAAGAAAGAUCCCGCCUCCUCAUGCCCCUCCUCGGGCUACAGCGAUACAGGGACCAUGGAGAAGCAUACGUUUGCCACAAGCACGCUGACACAGUUCCGCAUUCUCUUCAAGAGAACCUUCGUCACAAUAUGCCGGGACACGGUACUGACCCACCUGAGGGUGAUGUCCCACCUGUGCAUAGGCGUCCUCAUUGGCCUGCUGUACCUGAACAUCGGGAACGAUGCCAGCAAGGUCUUCAACAACACCGGAUUCCUCUUCUUCUCCAUGCUCUUCCUCAUGUUCGCAGCCCUCAUGCCCACAGUCCUCACCUUUCCCCUGGAGAUGUCUGUUUUUCUCCGAGAGCAUCUGAACUACUGGUACAGCCUGAAGGCCUACUACCUAGCCAAGACCAUGGCAGACAUACCUUUUCAGGUGCUCUGUCCCAUCAUGUACUGCAGUAUAGUGUACUGGAUGACGGAGCAGCCUCCGGAGGCGGGCCGCUACCUGCUCUUCAUGUCUCUGUCCACCUGCACUGCCCUGGUGGCCCAGUCCCUCGGCCUGCUCAUAGGGGCUGCAUCCACAUCACUGCAGGUGGCAACAUUUGUGGGCCCUGUCACAGCCAUUCCUGUCCUUCUCUUCUCUGGCUUCUUUGUUAACUUUGACACCAUCCCCAAGUAUCUGCAGUGGAGCUCCUAUGUGUCUUAUGUUAGGUAUGGCUUCGAGGGAGUCAUCCUGUCCAUCUAUGGCAUGAACCGCUCGGAGCUGGCCUGCCCCGGCACCAUGCCGUCGGGCUUCUGCAAGUUCCAGAAGCCCGAGGAGGUCCUCCAGCUGCUGGACGUGGAGGAUGCCAAGCUCUACGUGGACUUCAUGGUGCUGGGGGCCUUCUUCCUGAUCCUCAGGCUGGCCACCUACCUAGUGCUGCGCUACAAAGUCAAGUCGGAACGCUGAUCCCCGGUCAGUGUCGUUGCCACGGAAUCCACACUCUCCUACGACUACUACUACUAGUACCACAACGACUACUACUGCUACUACUACUACUACUACUGCUACGACUACUACUACUACAGUAUAUAGGCACUCCCGAAUACGUUAACGGAUGUUGUACAAAGGCAUACAUACACAGGAAUUAUACACAUCUACAAACACAAACACA